AUGCUGUUCAAGGCGAAUAAGUGGAUACUCUAUGCCAGCGAAAAUACUGGUGGACUACUGUCGAUCGUGCUGGCGGACUCUGUACAUGUAUUGGCGAUCGUGCUGGCGGAUACUGUACUGGCGAUCGUGUUAGCGGACUCUGUACUGGCGAUCGUGUUAGCGGACUCUGUACUGGCGAUCGGGCGAAAUGCAAACGCCUCCACAUCGUCAGCGUGGUCAUCGUAG